AUGGCUGCCCUGGAUUUGCCGGUGAGUCAAGUUUCCUUAGACAUCGCUAAGAAGCGAUUGGAUCGAAGCAUGCAGAAGCGCUUCCAAGUCCCGUGAUCACCCUGUUCAGCUCCUCACCUGAACACAAACCGCCAUCCGAAGCGGUUUAGACUGACAUUUUGCCGUUACAACGACGACUUCUUGCAGCUCAACGACGCUUACUUGUCGGCGCUUCACGAGACGCGCAACUUGCGGAAAGCAGAGGCGAGAAGGUUGGCAGCAUUGAGAGCGGCGGGAGAUAUCGGUGAAGCUGGAACAGACCAAAUCGACAUGUCCAACUCUAACCCUUCGUCUCCCAAGCUUGGGGACGAUCGCUCAGAGGCAGAGGCAAAGGCAGAGGGCAAAGGCGAGGCCCUCGCAAAUCAGACGGGAGCCGAAGCCGGGCUGAUUGGAGGCAGCACAGCUGCAGCUAGAGGUGGUGCGGCUGGAUUGGCAAUCGCAGCAGCUAGCCCUGGAGAUCUCUCCAUCUCCGACACUUCAGUACUGGCUGGCGUGCCCACGCCUCUGCUUCGACUGCUCGUCCUGCUCUCUCCAGCCAUAACUACUCUGGCAGAAUUGGUCAGACUGGCCACGUGGACUGGAGGGCCCGGCACAGGGUCACACAGCGUUCUUCUGGUGCUUUCUUGGUGGGGCGUCUGCCUCUACGGUUAUGAGGUGCUCAGGUACGCACCCCAAUUGGUCCUGCUCAGCGUGAUCGGCUUCGCUGGUCUAAGGGCUGCGGUGCGAGGAGAGCUAGGAGCGCAAAAGAAGCGCACUCUGCCAGUCACGUCUUCCAGUCUCAACGUCGUCUUGGCGGAUCUUUCUGAGCUGGCCGAUUUCUUGAGCACCGUUUCGGGCCAGGCUGUGACGCCCUUCCUGUCCUUACUUUCAUGGCGAAGCGGCAACAGCGCAAACACCCGCAGGCUAGCCAUCUUCUUGAUCAUUACUUGGCCCGCGUGGCUCAUUUGCUUCUCUCCUGGUCUCUGGGAUGCCUUCAAUUUGCCGCGCAUCGGACUUCAAUUAGGACAGCGCGUGACACACGCCAGCAGCACCGUCGCAUCUCGUGUAUGGCCCCAUGCUGUACGCAGUGCUAUUGCGAUCGAGGCGCAAGUAUCCAGCCGUGUUUCGGGUCAAGCUCUGGUCUACUUCAUCAAGUUCAAAGAAGCCUUCCUGGCAGCUUUGGUCUACUACAGGCUUCAUGUGCGACCCACGAUCCUGCACGUCGGAGAAAACUUGCACCUACCUCUUCUAGCUCCGAAGCAAGGUGCUCACAGCGUGUCCGCGCUGGCACUUCUUCCUCCCUGGCCUCUCUUUGCGCUCUCGCUUAGACAUGCGCUGCUCACGAUCGGAACGAUUGCCCUGACGUGGUGCGCACCAUGGGCCGCUCUCAUUCGACAUGCUCUUUGGCGCAGCGCCACAAUCAGGCGUUCUGUGCUAGGCUUGCUUCGAAUUCUCUCGGGCGAGCCCAGACGAGCCUUCGUCUCCGGUCGUGUGGCAUACACAGGCAGAUCGAGCUCGGAACAUGCAGUGGGAGGCGAUGACUCCAAGGAUGAGCUUAGCGUACCCAGCUUCUUUGCUGCGCCUCGCAUAGGCAGUGCGAAGAGCGCAAAGGUCAAUCUCGAUGUGACUAGGCAUGAGGAUGUAGAGUAUCAAUUCACCAUCUUCGAGAAUCAGAGAUGGUGGGUGGGAUUGGACUGGACGGCUGCCCUUCUGCCGCAAGAGAGACCCGCUUGGUGAGCGUCGCUCGUGAUGCUCGUGCGUCUGGGAAAUACAUCAUCCGCUGACGAGUCGAGUUGGUUGCUCCUUGCAGGUCUGACGAGUCCAACAGCCCAGUUUCGCCUCCAUCCUCAUUCUCGCUUCCACCCGCUCGCGUCACUUUGAAGGCAUCACCGACAUCUUCCAACCCUGCAGCAUACGUACGACGUCUGGUCAAGUGGCAAUGGAUCGAUCCAGAAUGGACAGUGGCAGGACGCGAUCCUCUUCCGGGAAGCGGCGACUUUGGUGGCAGCGCUUCCGACGAAGGAGCUCUAAGCGGCCUCCGAGCGGGACGUAGGACCAGCAAUGCUUCCAGCGGAGAUCGUGCCAGUGAUCUACCUUUUGAUCUAGCGCUUCUGGACGUCGAUGCUGACGGAUGGCAGUACGGAGACAAUGCGUGGGAGAAAAUGUCUCGCAAGAAUCAAAUGGGCAGGUACACGCGACGUCGAAGAUGGGUUCGAAGAGCUGUAUUGGUGGAGUUGGUGGAGCGCAACUAUACGCCAACAGCGGCUGAAAAGACUCAGGUCGGUGCGAGCGGUGGGGUGAUCGAUGUCAGUCCUGGAUACUUGCCUGUGAGCGCGGGAGGAACAGGAACGUCUUUGGCGUCGAGCUCAAGCUCGGGAGCUUUGGCGCGCAUCGACGAGUCGAAAGAGAUUGACCAAUCGGACGACGCGCUCAUCAGCCCUACGUCUCCCCGAGGAGAUCUCAAGCAGAGACUAGCACGUGCCGCUGCAUAG